AUGAAAAUGUUUGGUACGCAAUUGAGUUUGAGCGUUGGUAUGAUCUGCCUGGCAUUCGUUGUGUGGUCGAAUUGCUACCCCGUGGAAAAUAGCGACCUGACGAACGCUGAGCAGCCUUGGACUGAGCUGGAUGCGAACGACACCACAGUCGCCGACAUGGUCAGCUAUUACAAAGCCACACUGCUGGAGAAGAAUCCUUCUAAGUACAUCACCAACAUCACCGCCAUCCAUUCUGCGCGCAAGAAGGGCACCUACUACGAAGCUUCUGUUGAGGUAAGUCACUGGCACUGCGAAGCGAUUGCACCCUGCCGAGUUAUCAAAACACAAGACUGCAGCUUCACGAUGCUGCCUCAGAACGUCCUGCACCGACCAGCCACCCUUCCGCACGCCUGCAAGGAACCAACGUUUGCUUCACUUGCCGUCGGAGAUUUGCCCGACGAUGCGAAAAGAAUUGAAACAAACGAUACCAAAUUAUCAGAAGGAAUCGAAGGCACCAUCCAGCAUCUUGCAAACUUCAUAGAUCCGCUCGAUAAAAUUCAUAUAAUUGAAAUUCUCGAAGCAACUGUUCAGACAAUACAAACAACAGUCAGCACUCGCUACAGAGCUCUGGUCAAUACUACGUUGGAGUUUUAUGUCGUUCAGUUUGAAAAAGUAUGUUACUUUGAAAUGGAUCUGAGUGGCUCAACAGGCAAUUUCACGACGAUAUAUCACGACUGCAGCAGCCAGCAACAUGGCCUCUGA